GUUUACGUGAAAUCAAAUUUAUUUUCAUUUUUAUUAGAAGAGAUAAUGGGGUUAGUUAUCGUCAUGUUUAUUUUUCUAAAUCAAUUAAAACCUAAUUACCCAUAGCAAGAUGAGAAAAAAAAAAUUAAAAAUCAUGACGGACAACUUUGUACCUUCUUGCGUAAUAAUUAAAGUAAAUAAUUUCGUGUUUACGUGUCAAACUAUUCGGCAUUUUGAAAGAAUCUCUUAUAGUGCUGACUUAGCGCUUAUUCACCACCAAGUCAUUCAGUAUUAAGGUAAAAUCACAAUUAUUAAACGCUUGUGUGGAAGAAUAUUAGUGCCGAUCAAAGUUGCUGCAAUAUGGAAGGGCUUUCGCAAACCUUACAACCUUACAAAUCUUUGGUGGCUGAGCUGGCCACUUGGGUUACUAUCGUCCAAUUCUUCUCGGGAUCUCUUAUAUGCAAGGAUAUUUAUAAAAAAGGGACAACUCGAGGAUUUAAUGCCAAUUUGUUCAUUGGUGGUGCAACAAUCGGCCUUUUAAAUUUGAAGUUUGGUUACCUCUUAAAAGAUGAGGCAAUGAUAAAAGUUAAUAUAGCAGCUGUUAUUUUAAACUUUUUAUACUUGAUGGUUUAUUAUAAGUAUGCGGAAAAUAAAAGCAAUGAGGUGCUAAAGCCUGUUGGGUAUGCAGUGGCUUUUUUGGCCAUUUUGCUUGGAUAUUCGGAAAUUGAACAGACAGAGAUGAUAGAGUUUAGGUUUGGUAUGAUCCUUACUAUACUUUCACUGAUUUUGCUUGGAUUUCCUUUAUUGGAUGUGAAAGAAAUAAUUACAAAGAAAGAUGCUUCAAGUAUACCAUUUCCAAUCACUUUUAUGGGCUCAAUUGUUACACUCCUCUGGUUAAUCUAUGGUAUAAUUUUGCAAAACUAUUUUAUUAUUUUUCAAAAUGUGGUAGGAUGCACCCUGUGUGUUUUACAACUUAUACUGAUAUUCCUGUAUCCAGGUGAAGGUAGUGCUCCGCAUGAAGAUUAAGAAAGAAUGUUCAAAAGUGACAUUGUAUAUAAGUUCAUCUUCGUAUUCAUUCCAGGUGCUUAAGAGGGCAAAAAUAAUGACAAUAAUAAUUAUUUUAUAAAAUUGAACUAAAAUUGUUUUUUUUUUUAGUUUUAUUUCUCUGUUGAAAUAUAUAACUGUUUUAUAUAAUAA